CGUGGAACUAUUCUUCAUUAGUCUUGUGUGCGGGGGUUUCAUUUCGUGAAACACCAUUUAUUUUUCUUAGUUUACCGAUUUGCGUGAAAUAGCUUGAAAUAAACAGAAUGGACGAAGAGCCCGAAAGAACCAAACGCUGGGAAGGAGGCUAUGAGCGGACAUGGGAAGUCCUCAAAGAAGACGAGUCUGGGUCCCUCAAGGCAUCUGUGGAAGAUAUUCUGUUCAAGGCAAAGAGGAAAAGAAUCUUUGAGAACCAUGGUCAGGUUAGGCUUGGAAUGAUGCGGCACUUGUUUGUGGUUAUUGAUACUUCAAGGACAAUGGAAGACCAAGAUUUGAAACCAAACCGACUCACGUCAACUCUCAAGCUUAUGGAAUAUUUUGUAGAUGAAUACUUUGACCAGAACCCGAUCAGUCAGGUUGGGAUCAUCACCACUAAAAAUAAAAGAGCGGAAAAACUAACUGACUUGGCCGGUAACCCAAAAAAGCACAUAGCAGCUCUGAAGAAGGCAGUAGACACGACCUGUCUUGGAGAGCCCUCGCUGUACAACUCCCUGAGCCUGGCCAUGCAGACACUGAAACACAUGCCAGGCCAUGCAAGCAGGGAAGUGUUGGUCAUUUUCAGCAGUCUGACAACGUGUGAUCCAGCCAAUAUUUAUGAUUUAGUAAAGACUCUGAAGACGUUGAAGAUCCGUGUGUCUGUGAUAGGCUUGUCAGCUGAGGUGCGGGUCUGCACUGUCCUGACGCGCGAGACUGGCGGCACAUAUCAUGUGAUCCUGGAUGAGAGCCACUACAAAGAGCUGCUGAUGUACCAUGUGAAACCUCCCCCUGCCAGCUCUUCCUCUGAAUGCUCCCUGAUUCGCAUGGGUUUUCCCCAGCACACAACUGCGUCCAUAUCAGAUCAAGACUGUAAACCGUCCUUCAGCAUGUCGCACCUGGACAGCAGCAGCGGUCCUGGGCUGACCCUGGGGGGUUACUUCUGCCCACAGUGCCGAGCCAAGUACACAGAGCUGCCCGUGGAGUGCAAAGUCUGCGGUCUGACGCUCGUGUCCGCCCCACACCUGGCCAGGUCUUUUCAUCACCUCUUCCCUCUGGAUGCCUUCCAGGAAAUCCCUUUAAACGACUGUGGAGGGGAAAGGUUUUGUCAAGCAUGCCAGGGCGAACUUAAAGAUCAGCACGUGUACAGCUGUCCCUCGUGUCACUGCGUCUUCUGUGUGGAGUGUGACCUCUUCAUCCACGACACUCUACACUGCUGCCCCACUUGUAUACAUAGCCAAAACGCCCUCUGAAUUUGGGGGAUGCUUCAGGGAACCUCAGAGCACACGGGACAGAUAAGAGCCUGCACUAAAAUCACUGGCGACCAUUGACAAAGAGAAAGGCACAAGUGUUUGUUAGAAGCCUGAAGCCGCAGAGCUCCUCAUGAUCAGGCAGCCAGCCUUCAGAUCAACUGCAGCCACUUGAAAGCAAACUUGUUUGAAAAGGGAAUUUGAUUCUGAUUUCUAAACAUAGUUUCAGGAUUUCUUUUCAAAACCUCCACAGUGAUUCGGAAACUGCACCUUUCCUCUGUAUGACUGGGUAUUAAGUUCAGGCUUCAGCUGUUAGAUGUUUUCAGUGCUACUUUCAGUGACACUUUUGUAAAGGUUUAUGCUAUGGAUGAAGGUGACAGAUCCUUGAAGACAGUAGCACUAAGUCUACUGUUAGAAAAUUAAGUGAAGAAGUUGUAAAGUCUACAGUGAUGCUACUGGUACUUAAAUGUUAUCUCAGCAAUGAGCCAUAACAGACAGGGAAGAGCUUUUGGUGGAAAAUAAAACAUGUUUAAUUUUAUUAAAUUAUAUUUCUUGUU